UUGAGAAGCGAACUGAUUUGCAGGUAAAUUUAGGACAAACGUUUCCACCUUCCUUGAGAUUUCGUGAUUUUUCUUCCUUUUCGCCGCUCUUGGAAUCUGGAAUCAGGGUUAGGGUUUAUCGUUCUGGGUUCCUUUGGACCUCCCUCUACGGCUUCGGAUGACACCCGAUUCCUAGGGUCGUCCUCUGCGAUUUCAUGUGGUAACUGUGCUACUUUCGAGACCCAUCUCGACGAAAAUGAAUGAAGGUAGUACUCUCAGAAGCAAGGAGACCGUCAAAGGGAAGGGUACUCACGAGUCAUAGCUUCUUUUGUGCCAGCCAGUCUAUGGCUCCAGAAAAAGGAUCUGACCAUGAGAUCUCUGGUUGAAGUUGGUCGAGCAAUAAAAUCUCAGUAAAUGAUCAUCUCCUGAUUGUUGAUAUUUGACUUGGAAGAAAGCAUAUGACUGAAGUAGUCGAUGACACUGAUGCCGGAAAGAGAAGACGUUUGCCCAUUUGGAUGGCGAGGGCAAGCUACUCCGGUGAGAAAAGGAAUUAUGGGGCAGGAGAUGGAUUGCAAGAUGCUGGUUCCGAGCCAAGGUCCACCGCCAGAACGCAGAAAAGAAAGCCAGCUCAGCCUGUCGACCAUUUGGAUGAGUUUGAAGCGACUCGAAGGACCAUUGCUAGACAAAGAAAGAGAAAAGCAAGUAGAAGAAAUGUCGGCCAGGACAGUUCCUUGAGUAGCAAUGGAAUAGGCGAGACAAAACCUACAACAGAAGAAACUGAGCAAGGCGAAACAACAGUCGAUAAUGCGGCUAAUUCCGUAAAGAUCGAAAGCAGGAAGUCUAAAAAAAGGUCCAAAACCAGUGUGGUUCCUUGCUCUCCAGCGAGUAGCGAGAGCGAAAUCGAGCUCACGGUUGAAGACCUGGUGCGGAUUGCGGAAGAGUAUGUAAAUGCUGACCGGCAGAAGCAACACGGAAGAUCGACUGCAAAGGAACCCAGAUCAGAAAUGGAUCCUCCAUGCUCUUCAGAUUCCUCUGUGGUCAUCGGAGGAGCAGGUCCUGGCCAAACUGCCUGCCCCAGCCUAGCAUUAUCAAGAUGCACGAAGACUUCAGGCCCCAAUUUUCCCCAAGCUACUCCGCGAACAGGAGAUGCUGCUCAAGAUAUGUUGGAUCUCCUUCUGGGUCCUCUCCUCAAGAAACCUACAUCCGAAGAGCAUGAGAACAGAACAGUGGCUACAGAAACUAUGAACUUGACCCAUAAACCUAGUGAGCCAUCCACCACGAGCAAGGCAAUCUGGAAAGAAGAGGUGCUGCUGACUAAAAGGAAGAGCAGCUUGAAGGAUAAGGUGGCCAUGUUACUUGACUAGGUGAACUUCUUUCAUUCAUGGUACCUUGUCAAUACAUUGAUCACGUCAACCAACCUUUCUUUCAUC